AUGGAGGAGUUAAAGAAUUAUGGGCACCACCAUUCAUUGUUACUGUUGGAUGAAGAGCAGCUGAUCAACAAUCAAAGGGGAGUGGCUGACUGCUCCAAGUGUGGGGAGAAAGUGUCUACUCCAUGUUUUAGCUGUGCGGAGUAUUGUGGGUUUUACCUUCACAAGGUAUGUGCCGCCGCACCUUUGGAGAUUAAUCACCCUUUCCAUCGUGAUCAUCCUCUUGUUCUUAUGCAAAAGCCACCCUAUUCAUUUGGAACGUACAUUUGCGAUUUCUGUGAUAAAACAUGUGAAAAGUUCUUUUAUCAUUGCCCUGACUUGGACUUUCAUAUUAAAUGUGCUUUGUUUACGUUUAAUAUUGCUGAAAAUAACCUGAAGGAGCUUGAGCACUUCGUCUGUCAAGAUCCAUUGGUUUCCACUAAAAAUGAUGAUGAAGAACUUGAAGAAGUUCGUAAGUGCUUUGGGUGUUGGGAGCCAUUAGCAAAUUAUACACACUUUUCUCCUUAUUGUGGAUUUAAUUUACAUAAGAAAUGUGCUGAGCUUCCUCUCGAGUUGAGUAAUAUAUGCCAUUGCCAACAUCGCCUUGUUUUACAAUUUAAUAGUGAACGACUUUCUUGCAAGAUAUGUAAACUAACCCAGAAAAGAGGAUUUGUUUAUGGUUGUUCGUCUUGUAAGCUUGUAUUUCACAUAGAAUGUUUAUCACCACCUCUUGAUCUUGCUAUUGAAGACGAAAGCCAUCAACACACAUUCACAAGACUUUUGAGACGAGUGCCAUAUAUUUGCGAUGCAUGUGGUAUCGAAGGAAUUUACAAUGCCUACAUAUGUUGUACAUGCAACAUUAUGGUCCAUAAAAGGUGCACUUCAUUGCCUCGUAUCAUCAAAAGCAAGUGGCAUGAUCAUUGCAUUUUUCACAAAUAUUUCCUUCGAAAUGAUUUUAAAAGUUCAAGUUGCACUAUUUGUCAUGAUGAGGUCAAUCCAAAGCACGGGAGUUAUUCUUGUUCAUAUUGCAAUAUUAAAUUCCAUCUACGUUGCGUUACAGAAGAAAAAAGUUUAUAUUCUGUAGUUUCACUUGAAAAUGAAUAUGAGAUAUCAAAUGGAGGUUUGGAAAUUUUGUCGGAUAAAUCCGUUGAGUCCGCCACUUGUGUAUUUGAGAGGAACGACGCUGGGGAAGCUACAAAAAUAAAACAUUUCAAGCAUCUACAUGAUCUAAAGUUAAGUCCCUUCGUUGGAGGGUAUGAAAACAAUUGUGACGGUUGUAUGUUACCAAUCUCGGAGCCAUUUUACUACUGUUUAGAAUGUGUGUUUUUUCUUCAUAAAGUUUGUGCUGAGUUACCUAAGGUGAAGCAUGUUUGGCAUCAUCCUUGCCAGCAACCUCUCAGCCUUAUUUCAAACAAAGCUUUUUGUUGUGGAAUGUGUUGGCACGUGUCUAAUGCCUUUGCUUAUGAAUGCUGUAAAUGUGAGACAAAGAUAUGUCUCCGAUGUAUGAUUGCUUUUACACCUGGUGCUCGAACAUGUUUGAAACAUGAACACCCUCUCUUUUUCUAUAGAGACUACAAAGGCCGGUGCAAUGCUUGUAGUCUUCCUACAUGGGCGGCAUUUUGUUGUAAGGAUUGCAAUUUUGUGCUACAUCGUGGAUGUUUUUCACUUCCAAUUACAGCUCAUCAUAAAUGCGAUGUGCAUCUUCUUUCACUUACUGAUCAUGAUGAUAACAGUUAUUCAGAAAGUCAUUAUUGCGAUAUCUGUGAAGAAAGUCGAGAUCCAAACCGUUGGUUUUAUCAUUGUGCGGCAUGUGAUACUUCUGCUCAUAUUGGUUGUGUUCUUGGACAAUAUCCAUUCUUCAAACUAGGAAGCAUCCAUGAAGAUAAGGAUCAUCCACACCCACUCACCAUUGUGAAGAAGAUUUAUUACUACCCUGAAUGUGAUAAAUGUGGCAAGCUUUGUGAAGAUUUGGCUCUUGAAUGCUCAAAGUCUGAUUGCAAAUAUAUUAUCCACUGGAAUUGUGCAACAUCCCGUUCUCUACAACGUUGGUGGGAAUGGUUGCUAUAG